UUGAAGGGUAUAACCGGAAGUGUAUUGUUGCAUUAUAAGUCGCUUGACGGCGGUUCUGUAGUAGGAGGAGGGACCCGUGAUAAUGGGAGGAGAGCCGGAGUGAGAGUAUCAACAGAAACGUGCGCCUGUUAGAAGAGAAAUGUUCCCCGCGUCGAGCGAGACGCGUUUCUACACAUUUAGGAUGUCUACCGUGAACUCUCACGUGUGAUUUAAUCUUCUUCCAGCAACUUUGGGACAACGAGGGCUGCGCACGUUAAAAGCCGAGGCGUGGAGAAGUUCAAAUGGACUUUAAAUGGGCCGACGUCGCGCUCGUGAAGCUGCGUGUUUGUGGAUUUUAUUUACAAAAACAAGAGCAACAUUUAAAAAAAAACAACAUUUUUUAGGAAGUCAGUUAACACGCACCCAUGGAGGCCGCGGAUUAAUUUGGUUUUGUUUUGAUCCACUCUCACACACGGAGAACAACUACGGGACCACCUGCUUUUUUUUUUUUAAUCCGACAAUUAUUCUUCUGCUUUUAAUUUGAAAAACUCAGCUGUGUGUUUUUGUUGUUUCUAUCUGACUUUUCCCAGAAGAGAAAGGAAUAAUUUCUUGAAUUUGGGCUGCAGAGGCGAGUCUUAAGAGAAGAGCAUCAAUGGAUUGAAAGAUUAUACUUUGAGCUUCAAGUGAAAAAGUGCCUCGAGCAAGGUCGGGAGAUGUGUGGAGGCGUGUGACGGACGGCCAUGGGACUGAAGAGACGGUGGCUUCAGGCUCUCACCGCUGCUGUAGCCAUCUGUCUGCUACGUGUUUCUCAAGGCGAGGCGUCAUUGGUUCGUGGCAGAGAGGGGGGCUCUGCAGAACUGAGCUGCAACCUCACUCCGACAUCCAAAGAAGCCACAACCCCAAACCUCUUUCCUCUGCAUGUGGUGGAGUGGGUGCGCCUCGGUUACAACGUUCCCAUCCUCAUCAAAUUUGGAGUGUAUGCUCCUCGAGUUCAUCCAAACUACAAGGGCCGUGUGUCUCUGACCCGGGGCGCCUCUCUGCUGGUGGAUCAGCUGACCCUGGAGGACGAGGGCUGGUUCGAAUGUCGCAUCCUGCUUCUGGACAGCCAAAAAGACGACUUCAGAAACGGCACAUGGACCUUCCUCUCCAUCACAGCUCCACCCGUGUUCAUCAAGACCCCGCCUACCUUCGUGGAGGUCCUGCUCGGAGACUCGCUGACGCUCAGCUGCGGCGCCCACGGCAACCCUCGGCCAACUGUUGUUUGGCAUAAAGACGAGAGCCGAAUUGAGAAACAUGAAAAAAUAAAAGUGCUCAACGGCACCCUGUCGGUGGCCGCCGUCACGAGGAAUUUCUCGGGAGUGUACAAGUGUCACGUGUCCAACUCCGAGGGGAACCUGACCCACUCCAUGCAGCUGCAGGUCAAAGGACCCCCGAUCAUCAUCAUCUCCCCUGAGGACACCACUCUCAACAUGUCCCAGGAUGCAGUUCUGCAGUGUCAGGCUGACGCCUACCCCUCCAACCUCACGUACGAGUGGCUGAAACAAGGACAGAACGUCUACCAUAUUGAGUCCCUAAAGUCCAGGGUGAAGGUUUUGGUGGAUGGAACACUUCUCAUCCCUAAUCUCAUCCCAGAGGACGCUGGCAACUACACCUGUAUCCCGACUAAUGGGUUACUCACCCCACCCUCAGCCUCUGCACACCUGAAAGUGAAACACCCUGCACGUGUGGUCAGAAUGUCCCGGGAAACGUACUUGCCCGCGGGCAUGGAGGGCGUUAUUACCUGCCCCGUUCAGGCUGAUCCCCCGGUGCUGUACGUCAACUGGACCAAAGAUGGAAACAGUUUGAAUCUUGACAACUUACCAGGGUGGAUAGUGAACUCCGAGGGCUCCGUUUUUAUAGCAACAGCCAAUGACAACGCAGUAGGCAUGUACACGUGCACGGCCUACAACAGCUACGGCACCAUGGGCAAGUCUGAACCCACCAAGGUCAUUUUGCAGGACCCUCCGUCUUUCCGAGUGCCCCCUCGGGCCGAGUAUCUCCAGGAGGUGGGCAGGACCUUGAUCAUCCCCUGUGAAGCUAUCGGAGACCCCGCUCCAAACAUUACAUGGAGCAAGAUUGGGCCGACCCCCCGCUCCCCGUACUCCGUGCGGGCCAACGGGUCGCUGCAGCUGCAGCCGCUCAGUAAAGACCACCAGGGGGGCUGGGAGUGCUUGGCCACCAAUCGAGUAGCGACCGUCAGCGCGGGCACUGUGGUCAUGGUGCUGGGCACCAGUCCUCAUGUUGUGUCCUUAGUGUCUGUCCUCACCGAGAUGAACCAGGCCAACGUGUCCUGGGUGCCGGGCUUUGACGGAGGAUACACCCAGAAGUUCACUGUGUGGGUCAAGCAGGCGUCCAGAGGGAAGCACGAAUGGGCGUCUUUGCCUGUGCCGACGUCCAAAAACUACCUGCUGGUGACCGGGCUGCUGGCUGGCACCGGCUACCAGUUCAGCGUGCUGCCUCAGAACAAACUGGGCUCCGGGCCUUUCAGUGAAAUAGUCUCUGUACGAACACAAGCGGUGCCAACAGAAGCACCCACAGCCGACUCAUCUCUCCCGAUCCUGGACCCCCCCGUGCUCCUGUCAGCCAACCGGACGGACCGAGGCUUUCUGCUGCAGUGGUCGCCUCCGGAGGCUCCGUCCUCGCCGCUGACCGGCUACGUGCUGCAGGCCCGCAGGGACCAGGGCCAGUGGGUCAUCCUCAGCAGCAACAUCAGCGCCAAUCAGAGCCAAGUACUCGUAGAAGGACUGCUGAGGGACUCCAGUUACGAUCUGAGGCUGAUGUCUCACAGCAACAAAGUCCUCAGUGAACCCAGUGAGUCUGUCAAUGUCUCCACAAUAGGGAUGGAGGUCUACCCCGUGCGCCCACGUUAUUUGGAGUUGAUCCCGGAGCCGCUGCUGGCCGGAGUGCUGGGAGGAGUCUGCUUCCUGUUCAUGGCCAUCAUCCUCUCGUUGGUGACGGCGUGCUACAUGAGUCAGAGGAGAGAGCGUCGGCGCAAAAACAGAAGAAAAGAUCUCCCGUCUGCCCUGCAGAAGAGCUCAUCUUCUCCACAAGUUCGCUCACCUCCUCGCAGCCCAGACAGCGUCCUCAAGCUGAAGCUGUGUUCGCCGCUUCCCUUCUUCUCCAACUCCUCCUCCUCGCAGUCGGACCGCUCAUCCUUCGAUAAGGGCAGCCGCGGGGAAUACCACAACCAGAGGAAACAACUGCUGUCCAACUCGUCCCCGCCGCCGCAUUACACGCUCUUUGAGAGUCACCUGGGCUCCCAGGACCCGUCGCCCACUGCUCUGGAGUCCAUCUCCAGAGGCCCGGACGGACGCUUCAUUGUCCAGCCGCUGCUAAAAGGUUCCAGUCCCUCCAACAACAACAACUUGAGAAAAGAGGUCGUGCGAAGCAACGGUGGGGCGAGUGGCUCAGGGAGCAACCGGACAUCACUCAGGGACUCUCCGAAGUCGAGUGUCUUAAGCUCAGAGAAAGACGAGAGGAGGGAUUCUCCGCUCACCGUGGACGUCCCCGAGCUGAGCCGUCCUCCUUCCUCUCCCGGGAGAGUACGCGCCAUGGCGAGAAACUUCUCCCGUCACGGCUGCUUUUACUCUGACGACGAACAGUGCUCAGAGGCUCUGUUGGAAAGAGCCAGCUUCUAUUCAGACAAUAGUGAGAAAAAACCCAGCGAUUCUCUCAGGAGGUAUCGCUUGCCGGGCCACACUGAAGAUCUCUUCUCGAGUUUGGGGAGGAAAACAAAGCUGCUGGAUCGAGACAGAGACAGAGACAGAGACAGACCGGGCUACCAGCCGAUGGAGAGUCAGCUGACUAAUAACAGCACCGUUGUCUCGCAUCUGGACAGCGAGCUGGAGAGGGAAAGUUUUAACAAGUGUGUGCAACUGCAUAAGGAGAGGGAAGAAAUGGAGAAGGAGCUGGAGAGCUAUACGGCCGAGCAAAGAGGUCGAGGUCACGAACAACCGUCUGAGAAAGCAAAAAGCCCUCAAAGGGAGUCACCUGAGUCCGAGGAAGAUCCAGUAUGGAAGCCACAAGUUGUUACCAUCAGACAGAAACACAGGACUCCAGGGCAGACGAAUCGGGUGUCUGACUAUCGGAGAGCGUGCUACUUCGGGAACACGAGCAGUCCCAUGGAUCGGCUCGCCAAGUCUCGCGUACAGUGGGACAUCAGCCCGGUUACAUCACUCACAAGCCUCAUUCCUGCACAGGACACAACAUCGCCCAGGGACACACGCAGGGAAACCACAGAUAUCUCCUUUGCCGUUGAUUCAUCCCGUUCUCCGGUCACACAGAACACCUCACUCCCUAUGCUCUCUCCUGAUGUCAGCUCUCAAAGUCUAAAAACACCAGACAGAGCCAGGUCGUCGAGUCCGAGAGAGCCUGAAAGAAGCAGGAAGUCCGUGACUGAGCAGGGAUUAAGAGAUAAGGCACAAGACAAAGGUGCUGCUUCGAGGUCAAGACAUUCAUACGCUUACGCCGGCACUCAGCCCUGGAGUUCAGCUGCCAGAGGUCCUGAAAGUUCAGCCUCUGCACCGUGUAAUCAGCCUGCAAAAUACUACACAGCCACACGUGAUCCCAGUCCAUCAAGUUAUCCUACUUUACCUUAUGAACAUGAUGAAGUACGGGCAAAGGCCAAAGACAAAGAUACUCAAGCUCGAGAUGAACGACUCAGUUCAGGGUUUUACUCCGAGUUCGAGAGAGAGGGUGUGCGAGCGCGCUCCAGGAGAAGCGACAAAUGUCUCUUCUCCGACAGCCCGAGCCCUAUUUCAACGUUGACGCUUGUGGAAGAAGUCGAAAGUGACCAGUCCCAAUGUUCUGUCCCCGCAAUAUCCGGGUCCUUUAAGGCCAAGCCUGCAGCUCCAUCUCCCCAAAUGUCCCCUCUGCAGACAAGUGCAAUUCUCGAAUACCUGAGUCUUCCCGGCUUCAUUGAAAUGAGCGUCGACGAGCCCGUGGAAGACGCUACUGUCACAGACAAUGCUGGACAAAGUCCAGCUCUAAAGCCAGUAAAAUCCACGGAUGUUGAGCCGGAUGUAGUUCCUAGAAACUGGGAGGUCCACAUGCAGGAUAAGAGGGAAACGCACCCAAACCGUCAAUACGAGGGCGCUGCAGAGGCCAGCUCUCGCGCUGGUAAAACACACCCGGAAGCUAGAGAUUCUUCACACAGAGUCAGAUUUCCCGAUGACACAAGACCAUUGUCACCUGGUCCGGAAAAAACUAGCAAGCAGCUCUAUAAUGAGAAAACACAGAUUCGAGUUGGGAACAAAAGCGCAGACAGACCUGAAUCCAGACUCGGGUCGAGGUCGGCUCACACCUUGUUCAGUGCGGCGCGAGGAAUGGCCGACAUAGUGUCCAAACACUCACACAGUUUUGUAGACAGUAGCGAGUCUUUAUCAGAGCAAUCCAAAAGACAAAGGACUAAUAACAUUGCGUCGCGAAUUUGUCAAGCCCCUGUGCCAUUUCUGAAGAAGUCCGUGAGCGUGGGCCCGUGUAGGACGCUCUCGGGUAUGGGACAGCCUCGCCCGUUUUUAAAGAAAUCCAUCAGCUUAGGCUCGCAGCGGUGGGAGCACUUCGAGAGCCCGAGGACGUAUAUUUCUGAGAAAUGUUACUGGGACGAGUUCCCAGACCCAGAUGUCCGACUGAAGUCCUACAGUUUGGGUCGCGGUCCGCCUUCCCUCCCCAGGCCGGGCCCGUCCUGGAGGGAGUACGUCCCGUUCAGACGCCCCCCGAGCAUGUGGAGCUUAGAGAGGCCUCACCACACACACAGAUCUUUAGCUAGUCCUCCCUAUCUCACUCAGUCCAUGUACCCACCCAGACAAACCUCCAUGUCCCCGAUGCUGGAGCCCGCCGAUCCACGGCGGCAAGCCGCGGUUUUCCCAGAAUCCUCCAGGUGGUCUCCUACUUAUCACGAAGCCGUGAGGUCUGCUCAGCAUAAAUACGUCCCCGUCAAGUACCAACAGUGGCCAGGAUCCAGAGGGGAAGGCGUGAGACCGAUGGACCCCGGCAGGGGUCCCCCGCGGUCCUACCUGCCCCGAGGCAUCAGCUGGCCCUCGCCGUGCUACGCCCCGUUUCCACCCAGAGAGGCGGAGACCUACCGACCGCCAGACAGGCUGCCGAGGAGGGGGGGGGAGGCAGAGCCCCGGGAGGGGGGGAGGGCCAGUUACGCCAGUCAGAGCAGCGGGAGGGGCAGCGCCGGUCUCUUCCGACAGUCCCUGUCCAUCACGCCGACGCUGCUCAGCUCCCCCGAGACCACGGAGGAGACGGAGCUGCCCGAGGGGAGACAGAAAAGAAGGAACACGUCAGUAGAUGAGAGUUAUGAGUGGGACUCUGCGGAUGCGUGUGUGGACUCGGAGGUCCUGGAGGCCACGAGGUUUGAUCUGUCAGGUUUUCGGCGAGGCGGGGCGGACCUCCGACACGAUCGAGCCGCUGGCCUCCAGGACCGGCGACAGAAAGGCCUGGGUCUCUCAGACGGCCCACCAGUCUCCCACCAGGCGCCUCGCUGCCAGCACCGGCGCUCCCUCAGCGAGGAGCGCUUCAACGCUCUGCGCCAGGAGUACCAGGAGUACCGGCAGGCUCAGGACUCCCUCUGCUCCCGCGAGCCGGGCCACGGUUCAGACUCCGACUCCGGAUCGGCGCUGCUCUAGCAACCUGACCCGGUCCAUCUCAGAACGACACCAAAAAGCAGUUUUAAUGACGGGACGACGGCACCGUCACACCUCACUGGAGCUUUCAAAGAACUCGUUAUUUAAAGUUGUUGCCCUCGGUUACAGAGAUUUAAAGACACAGCGCCAUCAGGCGUGACUGCGACUCCUUCGCCGUUGUUAUCGGACGACAUAUUCCUUUUCUUCUUCUUCCAGUUUGAUUAGCGUAAUGAAGCUGAGAAGGGAUUAUUUAUUGUUUUCUAAGAAGCUCGGGCAACUGUGUAUUGGGAUGUUUUUUUUUGUUUGUUGUUGUUUUUUUUUAUCUUGACAAUCAGGAACACGGGGCCCGUUUUGGGAGUGAGACGCUCACUCUUCACAGCUGAGUAAACACCCGCUUUAUAAAAGCAACAUGAAUUAAUGUCUAUUGCAACAAUGUUUUUCUACCUGGAUUCUUUCAUGCUUUUGUGUCUGAAACGACUGAUGGAAACAACAUUUUUUGAAAUUGCUCCAGUAUUAGACAAGAAAACAAGCUGCAACGUAACAUUAACUGUCAGCCAGCGUCCACUAAAAGUUGUGUUGUUGCCGCUGACAGACUCAGAUUAU